AUGCUCAGGGCUCCGGAGCCGCAGCCGGGGAAGGCGGGAGUGGCCACCCAGGCCAAGCCGCUCACCUCCUUCCUCAUCCAGGACAUCCUGCGGGACGGCACGGAGCGGCGCGGCGGCCACACCGGCAGUACGCAGCCCGGGCCCCCGCCUCUGCCCCCGCACCAGCAGGCGGCGAAGCGGCACCUUGAGCCGGGGCCCCAAGAGGGAAGAGGCGGUGCGGGCGCGCAGGAGGACCAGCUGAGUCCUCGGCCUGGCGCUGCGCCCGAGGAGGCCGAGUCGCCCGCGGAGACCGAGCCAGAUAGGCACUUGGAGACUUAUCUGUUGGACUGUGAAAACACUUCAGGCACUUCGCCAAGCCUUCCCCAAACCCCCAAGCAGCCGCAGAAGCGCUCUCGAGCCGCCUUCUCCCACUCUCAGGUCAUCGAGUUAGAGAGGAAGUUCAGCCACCAGAAGUACCUGUCAGCCCCUGAAAGAGCUCACCUGGCCAAGAACCUCAAGCUCACUGAGACCCAAGUGAAAAUAUGGUUCCAGAACAGACGUUAUAAGACCAAGCGAAAGCAGCUCACCUCGGACCUGGGCAGCCUGGAGAAGCACUCCUCCUUGCCAGCCCUGAAAGAUGAGGGCUUCUCCCGGGCUUCCCUCAUCUCCAUGUACAGCACCUAUCCUCACUACCCCUACCUGUACUGCUUGGGAGGCUGGAGCCCAGUUUUCUGGUAA